AUGACAGCAGGAGAACAGCAGACUGUUAGAUGUGUUGUCAAUGACAACGCCUUCCCAGUACCAGUCUACAGAUGGUUUAUAGGUACAACGGUUGUAGGAGAUAAAUCUACCCUCACCAUAACGGGAAGGAAAUCAGACAAUGGGAUGUCACUGCGAUGUCAAGCAACCAACAACAAUAAACCAAGGAAUGCCUCCAUCACGCUCAACAUUCAAUAUAAGCCUGAAGUGACCACCAGUACGUCAAGUCCAUACCGGGUUGUAGAGGGUCAGUCAGCUACCAUGACAUGUAGUGUGAGUGCUGCCAGCCCCAACACAGGCAUCACAUGGAGCUGGAUCAAGACAGACAGUCCUAGUAAUGUCCUCCAUACAGGGUCUACUUACACCAUCUCCAACAUACAGAGGGGAGCAUCCGGGACUUACAACUGUACAGCUACGAACUCUAUAGGGACAUCUACACCAGUUACAGUACAAUUAGAUGUACAGUAUAAGCCUGAAGUGACAACCAGCACAUCGAGUCCAUACCGGGUUGUAGAGGAUCAGUCAGCUACCAUGACAUGUAGUGUGAGUGCUGCCAACCCCAACAUAGGCAUCACAUGGAGCUGGAUCAAGACAGACAGUCCUAGUAAUGUCCUCCACACAGGGCCUACCUACACCAUCUCCAACAUACAGAGGGGAGCAUCCGGGACAUACAGCUAUUGGCCAGGAUUGAUUACCUUGUCCCCAGAGGUAUCCAUCAUCAACAAAACAGAAAACCAAACAGUGGGACCUGUUGAUUGCUCAGCAGUUUGUAAUCCAGCUUGCACAUACCGGUGGACAGGGAAUUCUGGGAAUUCUGGAAGACUAGAGCUCGGGGAACUGAAGCGCACAGAAAGAGGGAAUUAUACCUGUACAGCCAAUAAUACAAUCAACUCCUCCACCACAACCAUCAGUGUUAUUGUUAACUAUCCCCCUAAGAUAGAGGACUUCCAAGCCAGUGGUGACCAGACUUAUGAAGAGUCUUCAUCAUUCAGUAUAACAUGUAAUGUUGACAGCUAUCCUUAUUCUGCCAUUAUCAUUCAAAACUUAGAGACUGGAGAAUCAAUAUCAUCUGAUGGACCAAGAGAAUCUCUAACGUUCCAAGAAUCAUCUGCCAAGUGUUAUCAGACUGCAAAUUAUGUAUGUCACAGCAUAAAUUCCUAUGGAUCUACAUCAUCAAAGACACAAAGAAUUCAGGUUUAUUGUAGUCCAAGACCUUCUGAUGGAAGGUCCAGUAUUGACAGAGGGAUAAAGACAGGAGAAGGACUGAAUAUAUCGACACAAUUUAUUGGUUAUCCUCUCCCUAUAUUCUCAUGGAACUUUAAAAGGAAUGUGACAGACAAUCCAACUUCAGUACCAGGACAACACCAGCUACAUUCCACACCAGUGAAUGUGUCAACAAUCCAGACAGGCAUAACCAAAGAGACUCUGAGUCAAGAGGAGUUUGGAUUUUACACUGUCACAGCAACGACUCCUGGAAAGCAAUCCCAAACCUACACUGUCACCUUUCAUGUGCUCCCAGAAAGAAAACCAGAUUCUCCAUACAACAUCAGUGUAGACUGUAAGAUAUCGAGAGGAACUGCGUUAGUUAACUGGACACCAAAUUUUGAUGGAGGAGCGACACAGACAUUCAGUGUGUUUUACAGAGGAAGUGAUGGGUUUCAGAAGAAUGCAACUAAAACAUCAUUACCUAAUGCAACUAUCACAGGCUUAAAGGAUGGAUCUAUGUAUUUUUUCAAAGUCAUAGCAAGUAAUAAGAAUGGACAUACAUUUUCUGAGGAAGAGGACUUUUGCAUAACAAAAGGUAUUGAAAAAAUCUAA